GACAAUCUGAAAACAAAAAUCAUUCGACUUCCCUUCAUUCUUUCCACUCACCACACUGUGUCAAGUUUUCAUCAUUAUUGCUGAGUACUGCAUCAGAUAGGAGAAAAUAUAAAACGCAGUUGUGCUACGAGCUUGCUUAUAUAUUGAACAACGUGAAAAUAUUAUUACUUCAGUAGUAAACUUAUCCAGGUCUAAUGAACGCGCUUCAACGAAACUCUGCACGUCUCUAUCCCAGUGGAUUAAGGAUUGCGAAAAUGAGUCAAGUUGGUGAUCUGGGUGCCGGUGCCGGAAAGGGAGGCGGUGGUGGUGGCACCAUUCGCGAAGCCGGUGGAUCGUUCGGCAAAAUGGAAGCAGCUCACGAGGAAGAGUAUUUUUACAAACAGCAGAGGGAACAACUUCAGAAGCUGAAACCAAAGACUGAUGGCGCUGCAGCUGGGGAACAUAAGGCUCAACCGAGUGGUAAGAAGUAGAUUGCAUCGAUUACCCAAUAAAAAAAACUUUUUUUUCUACAUUCUCUACAAGGA